UAAGGUUAUCGUCCGUGUGAGUGAAGGGAGGAGAAAGAAUGACGGAAACUAACGACAGCGCUUGCAGAGAACAAUGAACAAUCCCAAGGAAAAAAGGAACACGGAGGGAAGAGCAACUCUCGAAAUCGGAGCGGAAAAUAACGAGAAAACCAAAAAACAAAAAAAAAAAAAAAACAAAAAACCAAAAAAACCAAAAAAAAAAUCAAAUAACAAAAAAAAACAAACAAAAAAAUAAACAAAAAAAAUUUCUGGAAAACGCCGAUAGAAGAGAGAAUCAUUCAGGAAUUGCUGCUGUUGGCCGAGAGAAGAGAGAAAAAGCUAGUCCAAAUCGGAAUUGCCGCUGCGCUGAACGCGGAUUUUUGGAGAAAUUUUGCUUCCGCCGCCGCCGGAAAUUAACCGUAGUCGCCGCUAGCUGACGAAGUGGAGUGCCGCCGCCGGUUUGGUGUCGCCGGAACCUGAAGUCGCCGUGUGGAUCGGAGCUGCUGCAACUCUGGAAUAGUGCUACUACUGCUCUUUAAAUAAGUGUCCCUUUCUUCUUGUUUGUCUAUGAAUUUAGUCAUCAAUGAAUUUCUGAAAUUAAAUGGGGUUGCUUAGUUUAAUUAUGUUAUGUGAUUUAUAUUUCUUCUAUUAUUUUAGACUAUAACAGAACUAUGAAGAAGUAAGAGCUUAAUUCGUGCGCUGCAAUUUUAAACAGCUUAAAAUCCAUCUGAGAUACCAAGAAGAAGAACACCAACCAAAUUCAUAUUUUAUUUCAUUAGUUUCUCCAAACACAACCUUGUUUCAAUUCGCCAGCAACAAUCCUAAGAAAAACCUAAGAAUAUAUAUAAAUAUAUAUAACUGUGACUGUUGAUCUCCUGCUUGCACUAAUAUAAUGCCUGCCAUGGAAGAAGAAGAAGGUCGAGUCAUGCAGUCGGACACUACUGUCCAAGAAGAAGCAAUAAGAGUAGAAAAUCAUUCACAGAAAGCGGAAAACGGCGGCGCCGGCGGCGGCUGGAUGAGGAGACACGGCAGGCGGUGGCUGGAAAUAUCGGCCUACUCCGUGUUCGUCCUCGUCGGACAAACAGUCGCCACCAUCCUCGGCAGAGUCUACUUCGAAAAAGGCGGCAACAGCAAAUGGAUGGGCACGCUAGUACAAGUCGCCGCCUUUCCGAUCCUCAUUCCCUUCCUUUUCAUUAAAACCUCCCCUGCGGCAGAUGACGACGACGGCGACGCCGCUAGCCGCACAAAAUCGCCGUCCUGUUUAUACCGCGCCGCGAACUAUCUCCUCUUCGGGAUGUUAGUCGCCGGAGGGAGCUUGUUAUACUCGGUGGGGAUGGAAUAUCUCACUGUAUCUACGUUCACUCUAAUCACCGCAAGCCAGCUAGGGUUCAACGCCUUAUUCGCCUUCUUCACUCACGCCCAAAAGCUAACUCCUCUCAUCAUCAACUCCAUCUUCCUCCUCACCAUUUCCUCCGUUCUGCUCUUCUUCCAGCCGCUGAAUCAGCGUGAAAUCCAGGAAAGCCAGUCCACCGCCGGCAAAAAACACUUCAUUAUCGGCUGCAUUUGCACUCUAAUGGGGUCGGCCCUGUUCGGGCUAACACUCACCCUCGGCCAAAUCAUUCUCAACAAAUUCGUCAAGAAAUGCACUCUCAGAGACGUGCUGAAUUUCUUAAUAAUCCUAUCGAUCAUCGCCACCUGCGCGGUGGUGAUCGGGCUGUUUGCCAGCGGGGAGUGGAGGACGCUGGGGGCGGAGAUGAGGGGUUUCCAGCUCGGGCAAGUGUCUUACGUUAUGACUUUGGUUUGGGAGGCUCUGUGCUGGGAGAUGUUCACUGUCGGCGUUCUUGGGUUGUUGCUUAAGGUUUCCGGGCUUUUCGCUAACGUGCUUAUUAUGUUGUCGGUGCCGGUGGUUCCGGCGGCGGCGGUCGUGGUUCUCCACGACGAGAUGAAUGGGGUGAAGGUGAUUUCCAUGGUGUUGGCUGUGUGGGGAUUUCUGUCUUUUGCGUAUGAUGAGUAUCUUGAGGAGACGAAGGAGAAAGAUGAAAAUGAACCAUCUGAAGUUCCUCUUGUUGAGAGGGGGAAUCAAGCCUAAAUUGUAAAUAUCAUGCAAUCUAAAAUAUAUUUUUCCUUUUAA